GGCCGGCGGAGUGCAGCUGCAGCCAAGAUGUCGAAAGGUAGCAAGAAGCGGACCGACUCGGUCCUCAAGCUGAGUCCGUCCCCUGUUCACAGCGGUGCUACUUCAUUUAUUCUGAGCUGUGGAAUAGCAGGGGACAUUACUGAAGCCAAGAAAGGUCGAUAUCCACUCUGGCCUGAAUGGAAUGAAGCCGAUGUAAAUGCUGAGAAAUGGGAAGUUGCUAAGCCAGCUAAAGAGAAGGAAAAAAGUAUCAAAAGCCCUAGUCUGCAGUCAUUUGACGACCCAGAAGGGAAAAUUGAACUACCACCUUCUCUGAAAGUUCACUCUUGGAAGCGUCCUCAUGAGUUUUUAAUGCAGAAGGUCAGUCUGAAUCCUGUUGUUGUCAAGAGAGAAAAAUGGUUUGACUUAUUAACUGCUAAUGAGCAUAUUCUAGAGAGUGAGUUGAUGCGAUGGAUUAUCAGUGAAAUCACAAUGCUGUGGAACACCUAUCUAAGUCUUACAUUAGACAACAAAAACUUGCUGGAAGAAACAGGAUCCUCCUGGAAGCCCUGGGAACACAUUUAUGCUCUUUGUAAAGCUGUGAAGGGGCACCUGCCUCUCUACAAUAGCCAUGGAAAAUACAUUGUGAGGCUGUACUGGAUGGGGUGCUGGCGCAAGAUUACACUAGAUGACACCAUGCCCUUCGACAAAAAUGAUAACCUGCUGCUUCCAGCAACAACCUGUCAGGAGGAGCUCUGGCCAAUGCUACUGUCGAAAGCACUCAUUAAGCUUGCAAAUAUUGACAUGAUUACUACAGGAAGAAAGGAACUGGGGGACUUCACAGUUUUGCAUGCUCUUACUGGUUGGCGUCCUGAAAUCAUCCCACUCCGAUCUGAAGAGUCUGAAAAAACCUGGUCCUUUCUGAAGACAAUUCUGCCAGAUUUUAGUUUGACAAAUCAGGAAUACGUAAGUCAGGAAAAGAUUGCAGAUGGGGCCAAUUUAGCAGAUGCAAAAGAAAAUGAUAAAAAAGACCAUGAGGCAAAGAUAGAUAGUGUCGUCAUCAAACCAGCAGAAAAAGUUGUUAAAGCAGGAUUCCAUACACUAAUGAUGCCACAGAUGGUGAUUUAUGCGACCUACCUCCCACUUCAGCUGUCAGAAGGAACAAUUUCUUUACUUGGACAAAUGGCUGAAUCCUCAGAGAAGCUGCGGCACUAUGGACUUUCCCAUGCACACAGUCACCCAGUACUGGUGAGAAGAACAAGAUCUUGUUCCCUUGCAAAUUCAGCAGAGGUUCCACAGGUUCCUCGAUGGAAACUUAUACGACCACGAAAUCGCCCUUUUCCAAUAGCUGACCCAAAAGAGCCCAGACCUAAAAAGCCAGAGCAAUAUUUCGAAAUUGCAAGCCCGUUGCUUGACUACAAGAUAGAUACCACAAUCAUGCCACCAGAGAAAAAUGAACAAAAGAAGAUUAAGAAAGGUGUUCCUCCAAGCCUGGCAGCUGUUAAUGAAAAUGAUGAAGUGCUGGAUCAGAUUAACAAUGCUCAGGAAGACAUCAGGUUGACAGAACCAUCUCCCAACAUAGAGGAAUCACAUUCUGAAAGCCCGAAGUCAGUCAGUCAGCUGUCAACCAAACCCUGUGCCAUUAAAAGCCAGCUUGGUAGUGCAGCAAGUCGGGCUGGAAGUGGGAAAAAUCAGCUUGGUAACUCAGCAGAACCUAAAAAAGAGUCGCGCCGAGAAUCCAUAAAGUCAGGUGGUCAGUUUUCAUCUGCUAGAAGUCGGCAGAGUGUUUCAGUGGAUCCUAACAAAGAGGAAAAUUGGAAUGCUCGGCAGCAACUGCAGAGUUUAACUGAAGAUAAAACUUUCAAAAUACAUUUUCCUGACCAGAUGGUGUCACAGCCAACUAAUCAGAUGUUGAACUUGGACUCUGUCUCUGAUGUGGCAGACACUUUCAAUCAGAAGAAGUUCUGCAAAGAAAAGUGGAUUAAUUCUGAAGAUUUUUGCAAGUGUUUCCAAACUUUGAUCAUUUUUCAUAACACAAGCAAAUACACUUACACACUUGACAAGUCAAAUUUCAAGCUCACAGAUGAUCGUGGACCUUUCUAUCUACUUGUUGAUGCAGUCAAACCCAUAGAAAUUCUGGUUACCUUCUCGGCCUUGGUGCGCUGGGGUGAUCUCAGUUGUGAGAAAAGCCUUAGCAAGGAAAGCAAUGAGAAAGAAAAUCAGAAGGAGAUUUCAGGCCUUCAGCCGGGUGUGCUCCUGGCUGAACCAUACUGCUGGAAGAGCUUUGUUUCAAGUCCACCAGUUCUCUACAUGAAAACUUUGGCUACAAAAUCAACUAUCUUGGAACUACCCAGUGGGCGCCAUGUGUUACGGUUUACUGCCACUGCUCCUCUUGGGUACAACAUCAACUUCAGUAGUACUGUGCCCUUUACCUUUGGUGAUGAAGAUUUAGUUCUCUCACAUCUUGGUAAGGAGAGUCGGCGAUUUACACAACAGGCCGUCAUCAUCAUGAAAGCCAUAGAAAAAUUACUCAGUAGUUUUAGUGAUGAGCACAAAUUUCAUAAAGCUUCAAUGGAACUGGAGUUUGCACAUUUUCCUGUCCAAUUUCACAAUAGAAAAAUGGCUGCGAAGCAAAUAGAGGCCUUCAAUGAUGCAUUUUACGUCACCCUGCAGCACUCUAUGAGUGCUUCUCUCAGUCUUGUGGAGGAAAUUGCUUUUAGAGCCCUCUUGCUUGAUUUUUCAUCAAAAGAAAUGCUGAGAAAAAGGAAAUCUAAUGCAGUGCCUGAAAAGUGGCAGAACAGGACCCCAACUAAUGAAGAAGAAAAAGCAGUUAUUAAACUGCAAGCUUGGUGGAGAAGUAAAAGUGUUCAAUUUAUUUUCAAGGCAAGAUCAAUAGGGACAGAAGAAAAUGAAUAUAUCCAAGAUAUCCUGGAUCAGUUUCGCUUUCUUCUAGAGUCAAACACAGAGGAAAACGGCUUAUAUUUGCUCAGGUACCUGGUUGACAAUAAUCCAGAUCUGGCAAAAUUUUAUCCCUUUUAUGAAGAUGAAUCGAGCAGGACUGUAUAUGCUGACUACACAACCUCGUACAGUGAGCAUCCUCCCAACUUCUGGUUUGUGUUAUUCAGAGAGGUGUUUCAUAUGCCAGAGGAAAUGUUGUUGGUACCCAAGGUUUACACUACAUUACCAGCCUCUGUUCUCCACGUGAUCAAUAACGACACAGGAGAGGAAAUUCCCAGAGUUUUUCAGAAGGCGGCACCCUACGUCUAUACUAAAAACAAGAGUGGCUAUACAUUUGUGGCUGAAGCUCACUCAGGAGGUUUCCCGCUUCCCGCUGGUAAAUGGAAAAUGCGUUUGAUUGCCUCCAACCAACCUCUUCCCACCCUGUUAAAUGAAGCUGUGAACAGCAACUUUACCAUGAAAGAAAUUAAGUCUUACUACAUCCCCAAUGACAAAGACCUUAUCUUCAGGUUCCAGAUUAAUGUGAAUGCGACCCACAUAACAACCGUUCAUGUACAAACCUCCAAGCCAGACGUAUACAUCAAGUUACAAAUCCUAGAUCAAGAGAAAGAAGUAGCCAAAGCAACCGGAAAAGGCCAGGCUGUCAUUCCUGCAUUUAUGUUUUACCAAAGUGUGAGACAUUCAGCCGUGCAGAAGUCUUCAGGUAAACUGCCCGAUACUCUUGCUGUUCACGGAGGGCCAAAGAAGUCAGCAAGUACUUCAAGCAAAAUAGGAAAAGGUUCUUUGAAGUCAGGAAGUGACCAAAAGUCAUCUUCGUUAAAAGAUGAAAGAAGCUUCAGUCCAACUGCAUUGAUUGAGGAAAUGCCAGCCAUUCCAGAAGUGAAUCAUAAAUACAUAAUUCAAGCACUAGUUCUUCAUGAAAGCUGGCCGCUAAACGAAAGUGAUUUAAUUUUUGCUGAAUCACAAAAGGAUGUGAACUGCAGCGAGAUUACAGAGAAGAAUAUUAGCCCUGGUUCUUCUGAGACUGAUGAGCCGAAACACACACCAACAUCGAGACAUACCAAGAAAGGAAAAGAAAAGGGUGAUAAGAGUGACAAAGACAAAGGAAAAGAUAAAGGCACGCCGCUCAAAACAGAUAUUCCGGUACGACAACUUAAUUUGACAAAACCUCAUUUCACAUUCCACUACAUUGUUGACUAUGGUGAAAGUGACAGUGUUGACAUCAAGAAAGAUACCAAUCGACAAGAUGAAAUCCAUGCGAUGAAACGGGCCUGGGAGGCUGCAGAACCCGGAAGAGCUUUCAAGGCCUUACAACUCCGUCUGCAUGUACUGAAUAACAAUGCAACAAAUGUAACUCUCCAGAGCAUCGGUGAGAAGCAAGAAGAAAUUAUUAAUGAGGAUGGUUCUGAAAUGAACAGCCAAGCUGCAGAAUUGAAGGGAAUACCAUCCACAGUCAUUCCGCAGGAUGUUCAAGAAACUCAGUCCUCAGCUGCUGACAGAAAUUCACAAGUUGCUGAUGAUAUUAUUAAACCAAUGAAGUGGACCCAGUAUAUCAGGUCAACUCUACCUGAACCAAUUCUGCAAAAUGAAAAAAUUAUUGAAGAACAAGAGAAGAUUAAGACAGAAGAAAUUCACAAUUUCCGUCAGAAGCGAAAGAUAGUCUUUGAGCAGCGGGAGAGAGAAAGACAGACACGGCGUCAACUGAAGGCAAAGCAGCUGCAGAUGUAUGAGGAUCUGCAGGCAGCUUUAGAUGAAGCUCGGCAAGACAUCUUUCAACAGAGAGAAACAUACAGAAAUAAACUUAUUGAGGAGGAAAUGAAGCAAAGAGAAAUUGCAGAAAUGGAAGCUCUCCAAGCAGAGCAAGAAAGAAAGAACAAAAGUGCUACCUCGAAAAAGUCAAAGAGUCCAGGAAGGAAAAAGUAAAUGGCAAAAAUGCCAAAUUUCAAAUUGUGUCUUUAAACAUAUUUCAUUAUAUGUCCUUCAGUGCAACACUUCAUACCUUUUUUCAGCCAAGCUCUCAAUUAAUUUAUUUGUCAGUGGUCACAAUUCAUACUUCCUUGAAAUGACAACUGGAAAAUACCAGAAGUGUCUAGGUCUGUCAGUAUCCAGAAAGGCCAAUGAUAAUUUGGCUGUGACUACCACAGAGGGAUUCCAAGUCUUUCAUUCCUAUUACUGCACUAUGGCAUGGCCACACUUCACAGUUACUAAAUUGACUAUAAAAGUGGAACAACUCUCGUCCUCUAGGAUGAUCAAUAACAUGAACAUCAACUACCAUUUCUUGUAUUACCCUUUGUAAUCAAUGAUACAACUUUUAGGGCUGGGUCCAUUUGCCUUCCUGUACACUUAAGUACCUUUUAUUCCAAGGAGUAUGUGCUUAAGAAUAUCCUUUUGCCUUUGCAAAUUGAUGGCUAAAUCGAUAUUUGUUGCAAUUUUCCUUUUCGUUUGCAGUUUUUUCCCUUAAUGAAUAUGUUUCUGUUUAACAGGAAAUUCCUCUUUUUCAAGUUUGAAUCACUGUAUAAUUAAAGUUUAUUUUCUGGUAAAUAUAUCCAAGUUUUUUUUUGUUUAAGUCUACUGAAAUAGAUGUAUUCAUGGAGAAUCUGGACAAUCACAUGGUGAUAGGGUGAAUAGCAU